AUGGCUGGUCUGUGCUGGGGGCUGGUGCUCCUGGCUGGGAUGGAUCAUGCUGACCCAGUCUCGCCUGUUUGAAUCUUCCAGCACACCAGGGUCUGGAUCCCUGACCCUGAAGAAGUGUGGCGUGCGGCCGAGCUGACCAAGGACUACAAGGAGGGGGACAGGGUCCUCCAGCUCAAACUCGAAGAUGACGCGAUACAAGAGUACCCCAUUGACGUCCAAAGCAACCAGCUGCCUUUCCUGCGGAAUCCAGAUAUCUUGGUGGGAGAGAAUGACCUGACAGCCCUCAGCUAUCUGCACGAGCCUGCAGUUUUGCACAAUCUGAAGGUCCGUUUCCUGGAGUCAAACCACAUCUACACUUACUGUGGUAUUGUACUUGUUGCCAUUAAUCCGUACGAACAGUUGCCAAUAUAUGGACAAGAUGUCAUCUAUGCUUACAGUGGCCAAAAUAUGGGCGACAUGGACCCCCACAUCUUUGCUGUGGCAGAAGAAGCCUACAAGCAGAUGGCCAGAGAUGAGAAGAACCAGUCCAUCAUCGUCAGCGGGGAGUCUGGAGCUGGGAAGACGGUGUCCGCCAAGUACGCCAUGCGCUACUUCGCCACGGUCGGUGGCUCAGCCAGUGACACCAAUAUUGAAGAGAGGGUCUUGGCAUCCAGUCCCAUCAUGGAGUGUCCUGCCAUCCUGCAGUCCACCAGCCCACCCAAUAGCCCUGGACGCUGGGAGCAGGAGCCGGUUUUAGACCGUUGGCUGACACUUCUGUCCUUGCCUCCCGCAGCCUGUUCUGAGAACUUCUUCUACACGUCCCAGGGAGGAGACACGUCCAUCGAGGGGGUAGAUGACGCAGAAGACUUUGAGAAGACCCGCCAAGCCUUCACGCUUCUCGGAGUGAGGGAGUCCCAUCAGAUGAGCAUUUUUAAGAUAAUUGCUUCUAUCCUGCACCUGGGGAAUGUGGACAUUCAGGCUGAGCGUGAUGGUGACUCCUGCAGUAUACCGCCCCAGGACGAGCACCUGGACAGCUUUUGCCGACUGCUGGGCGUGGAGCACAGUCAGAUGGAGCACUGGCUGUGUCACCGCAAGCUGGUCACCACCUCGGAGACCUACGUGAAGACCAUGUCCCUGCAGCAGGUGGUCAACGCCCGCAAUGCCCUGGCCAAGCACAUCUACGCCCAGCUGUUCGGCUGGAUCGUGGAGCACAUCAACAAGGCCCUGCGCACCAGCCUCAAGCAGCACUCCUCCAUCGGGGUCCUGGACAUCUACGGGUUUGAGACCUUUGAGAGCAACAGCUUUGAGCAGUUUUGCAUCAACUAUGCCAACGAAAAACUCCAGCAGCAGUUCAACUCGCAUGUCUUCAAACUGGAGCAGGAAGAAUACAUGAGGGAGCAGAUUCCUUGGACCUUGAUUGACUUCUAUGAUAACCAACCUUGCAUUGACCUCAUAGAAGCGAAGCUGGGAAUCUUGGACCUGUUGGAUGAGGAGUGUAAGGUCCCCAAAGGUACUGAUCAGAACUGGGCUCAAAAGCUCUAUGACCGACACGGCAGCAGCCAGCACUUCCAGAAACCUCGCAUGUCCAACACGUCCUUCAUCGUUGUCCACUUUGCUGAUAAGGUGGAGUACCACUCAGAUGGCUUCCUGGAAAAAAACCGAGACACGGUGUAUGAAGAGCAGAUCAACAUCCUGAAGGCCAGCAAGUUCCCGCUGGUGGCGGACUUGUUCCACGAUGACAAGGACCCCACCCCGGCCGCCACCACCUCUGGGAAGGGGUCCUCUUCUUCCAAGAUCAACAUCCGCUCCUCCAGACCGCCCAUGAAAGCCUCCAACAAAGAACACAAGAAGACCGUGGGCCACCAGGUCAGCUCUGGCCAGGCCUUUGUGGCUGGACGUGAGAGGGCCUGGCCCAGGUGGGGGGCUGCCAUCCUCUCCUCCCACCUUGUAAAGGAUCCCGACAAGUUCCAAUUCGGCCGUACCAAGAUCUUCUUCCGAGCAGGCCAGGUGGCAUACCUGGAGAAGCUGCGGGCCGACCGGUUCCGGGCAGCCACCAUCAUGAUUCAAAAGACGGUCCGAGGCUGGCUGCAGAAGGUGAAGUACCGCAGGCUGAAGAGGGCUACCCUGACCCUGCAGAGGUACUGCCGAGGAUUCCUGGCCCGCAGGUUGGCCCACUACCUGCGGCAGACCUGGGCGGCUAUCGUGCUACAGAAGCAGUACCGGAUGCUCAGGGCCCGCCGGGCCUACCAGAGGGUCCGCAGGGCUGCUGUUGUCCUCCAGGCCUGCACCAGGGGCAUGUUCGUGCGGAGGAUCUACCACCAGGUCCUCCUGGAGCACAAGGCCACCGUCAUCCAGAAGCACGUGCGGGGCUGGGUGACACGCCGGUGCUUCCAGCGCCUGCGGGCUGCGGCCGUGGUCCUCCAGUGUGCCUUCCGGAGCCUCCAGGCCAGGCGGGAGCUUAAGGCUCUCAAGAUCGAGGCCCGCUCAGCUGAGCACCUGAAGCGUCUCAACGUGGGCAUGGAGAACAAGGUGGUGCAGCUGCAGCGGAAGAUUGACGACCAGCGAGUGGCCGACCUGGAACAAGAAAAUGCACUAUUGAAGGACGAGAAAGAACAGCUUAAUAACCGAAUCCUGAGCCAGUCGAAAGAUGAGUUUGCCCAGAACUUGGCCAAGGAAAACGUUCUGAUGAAGAAAGACUUGGAGGAGGAGCGUUCUCGGUACCAGAACCUGGUGAAGGAGUAUUCGCGCUUGGAGCAGAGAUACGACAACCUUCGGGAUGAGAUGACCAUCAUCAAGCAAACUCCAGGGCACAGGAGGAACCCAUCGAACCAAAGCAGCCUGGAGUCGGACUCCAACUACCCAUCCAUCUCCACGUCGGAGACUGGAGACGCUGAGGAUGCCCUCCAGCAGGUGGAUGAGAUGGGGCUGGAGAAGGCCGCCAUGGACAUGACGGUCUUCCUGAAGCUGCAGAAGCGAGUGCGGGAGCUGGAGCAGGAGAGGCGGCGGCUGCAGGCGCAGCUGGAGAAGCGAGAACAACAGGACAGCAAGAAGGCCCAGGUGGAGCCACUGCAGAAUGAUGUGGAUUUGGACCAGGAUGCAGACCUGGCCUACAACAGUCUGAAGAGGCAGGAGCUGGAGUCCGAGAACAAGAAGCUGAAGAAUGACCUGAACGAGCUGAGGAAAGCGGUAGCGGAGCAGGCCGUGCAGAACAACUCCAUGCCCGGCUCCCCCGACGGCUACAGCCUCCUGCUCAGCCAGCUCCGGCUGGCCAGCGAGGAGCUGGAGGUGCGCAAGGAAGAGGUGCUCAUCCUGCGCACCCAGAUCGUGAGCGCCGACCAGCGCCGUCUCUCCGGCAAGAGCCCGGAGCCGAACAUCAACGCCAGAACAAGCUGGCCCAACAGUGAGAGGCACGUGGACCAGGAAGACGCCAUCGAGGCCUACCACGGGGUCUGCCAGGCCAACAGGUUGCUGGAGGCCCAGCUGCAGGCACAGAGCCGUGAGCACGAGGCGGAGGUGAGCAGCCUCCGGGGCCAGGUGGAGGCCCUGAAGGACGAGCUGGACACCCAACAGCAGACCUUCUGCCAAACACUUCUGCUUUCACCAGAGGCCCAGGUGGACUUCGGAGUCCAGCAAGAGAUGUCUCGGCUGACCAAUGAGAACCUGGACUUUAAGGAACUGGUGGAAAAACUGGAGAAGAAUGAGAGGAAGCUCAAGAAACAGCUGAAGCUCUACAUGAAGAAAGUCCAGGACCUAGAAGCCUCCCAGGCCCUGGCCCAGAGCGACAGGAAGCAUGACGAGCUCACCCGGCAGGUGACGGUCCAGCGGAAAGAGAAGGACUUCCAGGGCAUGCUGGAGUUCCACAAGGAAGACGAGGCCCUCCUCAUUCGGAACCUGGUGACGGAACUGAAGCCACAGAGCCUGUCGGGCACCGUGCCCUGCCUCCCCGCCUACAUCCUCUACAUGUGCAUCCGGCACGCAGACUAUGUCAACGACGACCUCAAGGUGCACUCCUUGCUGACCGCCACCAUCAACGGCAUUAAGAAAGUCCUGAAGAAGCACCAUGAUGACUUCGAGAUGACGUCAUUCUGGCUGUCCAAUACGUGCCGCCUCCUCCAGUGUCUGAAACAGUACAGCGGGGACGAGGGCUUCAUGACGCAGAACACUGCCAAGCAGAAUGAGCACUGUCUCAGGAACUUUGACCUCACGGAAUACCGUCAGGUGCUCAGCGACCUCUCUAUACAGAUCUACCAGCAGCUCAUCAAAAUCGCCGAGGGUGCAUUACAGCCCAUGAUCGUUUCUGCCAUGCUGGAGAACGAGAGCAUCCAGGGUCUCUCUGGCGUGAAGCCCACCGGCUACCGGAAGCGCUCCUCCAGCACGCUGGACGGGGACAGUACCUACUGCCUGGAAGCCGUCAUCCGCCAGAUGAGCGCCUUCCACACGGUCAUGUGCGACCAGGGCCUGGACCCCGAGAUCAUCCAGCAGGUGUUCAAGCAGCUCUUCUACAUGGUCACCGCGGUGGCGCUCAACAACCUGCUGCUGCGCAAGGACGUCUGCUCCUGGAGCACCGGCAUGCAGCUCCGGUACAAUAUCAGUCAACUGGAGGAGUGGCUCCGCGGCAGAAACCUCCACCAGAGUGGAGCCGCCCAGACGAUGGAGCCUCUGAUCCAAGCCGCCCAGCUCCUGCAGCUGAAGAAGAAAACCACCGAGGACGCAGAAGCCAUCUGCUCGCUGUGCACCGCCCUCAGCACCCAGCAGAUUGUCAAAAUUUUAAAUCUUUAUACGCCCCUGAACGAAUUUGAAGAACGGGUAACAGUGGCCUUUAUCCGAACCAUCCAGGCACAGCUCCAAGAGAGGAACGACCCUCAGCAGCUGCUGCUGGACUCCAAGCACAUGUUUCCGGUCCUGUUUCCCUUCAACCCCUCCUCGCUGACCAUGGACUCCAUCCACAUCCCCGCGGGGCUCCACUUAGAGUUCCUCAAUGAAGUCUGAAGGGGCCGACCCCAUGCCUGGCCCGGCCCCGGAAGGGCGUGCGGGACAGUGGAUCGGGCUCAAGGGUCAGCAUUAGCUGGAGGUCGAGGGUCUGCGGAGAACUCUACAGAAGGAGACGUGGCUGUGUCCUUAUUAUUAAUAUUAUUAUUUUGUACGUACGGCUCAGAAUAAAACACUUGAAACACGGGAGGUUUUCGUGUCUCAGAUUUUCAGCUUGCCCAAGUCCACCUCCUAACUCCUGGCUGCCAUCAAAAUGUGCCACCGGCUCAGGAAAUGGCAGCCGCCUGCCUCGUUUGGGUGUUUGCAGAUAACUGGAGAAGCUCCAGAUUCAGAUCACAGUGGACAUGUCUGCGCUGUGUACCUUGUCCCGAGAGGACGGUUAAGGAGUGAUGGUGCUCAGAGCUGUGGUGGACACAUGCACCCCAACCCCCACCCCAGGCAAGGAGGCCGAUGGACUUGUGGCGAGGUUUCUGAGAGGCUUCCCAAAGGUGUUUGGGACGGUCUGGUGAGGUAGAGAUGGCUGCGAUAAUGACCUUCAGACCAAAGGCCGUGAGUCCUGGUUUCUGAAGAAAAUGAGGAAAACCCAGGCCCCGCAGUGCUCACACCUCUCUACGAAGUUCGUCUCGGGUAAGUGGAAGCGGUGUAUUCAAACACUGCCGAGCCCACCUUCAGACGUGGGCCAGAUGGAAAGCCUAGCUGCUCCGGAGUAGAGUCCAUGCUCGAAAGCCCAGCAAAGCCUCCGCUGGUGUGUAUGUCAACCACGUGUUUAGUCAAAGGAGGAAAACCCUAUUUUGUGUACAGAUGUGCAGAGUCCCGCCAGUGUGAGGGCCUGGAACCCCGCCUCCCUCUAGUCGGGCACCACCUACACACUCCUGGUUCCAGUGCCUGAGAGUAUGGGGCGGCAGCGUGUGGCGGCUGAGAACAACAUGGCAUAGGAAACCGUGCAAGGAAUCAGUUCUGGGAUUACUAAAUUAUUACUCAGAGGCUAAAAAACCAGCUGUGUCACCUUUCCUCUCCAGAUUAUUUUCAAAUAUGCUAUGUAAAAUCAUUCUAGAUAUCUCUGCUAUGAAAUAGAUUUUUUUUAAAAAGAACAACAGGAUAUUCCGUGGUAGUAGGCUUAGACCACAGGCUUAGACGUUUGCUACUUUGUACCCUGUGGCCUCUUUUCAAAAGGAGGCGUUCGGUCAGAAAGGGCUGCCUCGUCUUUAUGCCCGUCCUUUGUUUUUCUGCAUUUCCGGGAGAUGACCACUGGAUGCUGGCCCUGUGACAGGAGCAGAUGAUGUUUGCAGAUCAAAGAAGAGCAAGCAGCCUCUCGCUUCCAUGAACUCCACCAGCCCCUCCUAGUACCUCUUCUUCGCUCAACUUAAAAGGCCCUUGCAAACACAACACAUUCCAAGCCCCAAACACUCACUCCGCUGGGCCUCACAUCGUGGCUUUCUCCUCAUUCAUCCUCUUCAAGCUGAGGAGCCCUGGUGGCACAGAGGUUACACCUUGGACUGUGACCCCAAAGGUCAGCAGUUCCAAACACCAGCCAGCUCUGAGGGAGAAGGAUGGGCCUUCCUACUGUGUGUCUCAAAAACUCAUGGGGGCAGUUCUACCCUGUCCUAUAGGGUCACUGUGAGUCGGAAUUGACUCAACAGCAGUGAAUUUGGAUUUUUUUUGGCUUUUGUUUUAGGUUGGUGGACCCAGAACAAUGCAGCACCUGAGUUAAAAUUGCUGACCCCCGUUCACUGGCAAUGGAUUUGUCCCUUCUCUCCACGGUCAACAGCCUAUCCUGCCUUCUCCAGGGCGUCCUCCUCCAAUAGAUUGAACUAGAAGUGUCCCUUCAUGGGACAAAUGCUACAUGCCGACUUGGAUGGCCAGUCUAAAACAAUUGGGUCAGUGGCUACCUCUUCAGAGUUGUCUGUUGAGAGGUAAUUUGUUUGUUUGGCUUUUUGAUGUACUUUAGUUUAAAAACCGAGUCUUGUAUGUAAAGACUGUCCUGAAUCUUCAAGAUGGCCAAAAACAUCAUGUUGGGGAAAAAUAAGUUAAGUGUUCAAGUUUGAUGAGCAGUGUCCGUAUUCUCCUCAGUAGGAUCUCACACCAGCGUUCUCUGAAUCACUGCUGUCACCAGGUGUCAGGACUUGGAAAUCCAAAGCUCCACCAGUCGGAUAAGUGGAGGCUAGGAGGACACUGAUAGGCGGUCCUCUGCUUGGCCUCGGCAAGGGCAGUUUGACCGCCUCUUCCAAGAGAUCACUGUGUUUCACUUGAGCGGUGCUUGGUUCAAAGGCAUGCAUGCUCUUGUAGACCACAGAGAAGGGUAUUGGUUAUUUACUAUGUGGAUCUGUCCUAUUUAACACUUGGAAGCGAGAAGUUUUGUUAGUACUUUUAGUGUCUGCGUCUUCUAAGGCACUUCAACUCACAUGUUCCCACCUCAUGAAAUCAGUCAUGAUUUUUAAUUUAAAGAAAUUCAAUAUAGCAGUUUGAACUCUGCAUUCGAAAUCUGUCUUGGUUUCUUAAAAGUCUUGACCACUUUUCCUACUAUGUGCCUUGCACUGUUACCAAGGUAACUGAUGUAUCAAUUAUUUCUCUGCAGUGAGUGUUGUUGAGGGAAGGACUGUCAUGUUCAACAUAGCAUCCUGUCAGUUUGAUUUGUUGUUUGAAACGUUCUUAAUUUAUCUUUUGAAACCUUGAAAAGCAUUUUGAAGAGGAUUUAUGAAUCAAUUAUUUAUAGAUCAAAUACUUGUGUUUUAAGUAUUAUAUGUUUUCCUCUAAUCAUGUCUUGUGUACACAGCCAUGAAUAAUGGUUGCCAGAGCUGACAAGUGUAUUGCCUACGUGAAUUCUCCCAGGGCCAUCAGAGCUGCAGGAAUUAGGCCUUUAGAGUGAAUGUUUGAUGAUGAACUGAUGGUAAGGUCUUGAAAGAUUUAGGGGACAAAAAAACCUUACCAUCAGUUCAUCAUCAAACAUUCACUCUGAAGGCCUUAAUGCCUUGCAAUGAUCAGCCACACAGUAAGUCAGAACCCAUUGCUUCUGCAUAUAAGUGGUGUGUGUACUCUUGGCCUAAUCCUAUGGCGGCCAGGGCAUCCCUAGUUGAAGCACUUGCAGGGUGCCUGCAGGACUCCGUGGUGACCAACAGGCAACGGCAGCAUGGGGUAGGAUCCUGUAGUCUCUAUUCCUCUGUAAGGUUGCUCAAAUCCAUUUGUUGCAUGAGCCAAGCAUCACUAGAGUCACUUUUUGUGUACAUCCGUGCCACCAUUAGAGAGCAAAGGUGGUCCAGAAGGCUAAGCUAAUGCCAAUGAAAACAGUGGAGCUCUUUGGUCUCUCUUGUUACAAAGCUCAUUAGACACUAAGCGUUGUGUUUCCAAUCAACCUUUUCUGAUAACCAUGGGGAACCAUCAGAGAUGAGUCCUGCUACUUCCUAAAGUGAUGUCAUGUCAGCAUCAUUCAAGUUUGGAUGUAACUUUGCCUACCGAUGUUUACAUGAAGGACUGAUCCUCUGAACGGUCAUACAUUAAGGGGUGACUUGGACAGUAUAGAAGAAAUUAUACUGAUGAAAAUAUUUUUCCACUUGGAACAAAUCUGUAAAGUACACCUUUGUUUAUAGAAAAAUGCUUGUAAUCCUUAACUAUACUACUCAGCUGUGAAUGAAAAUUUGUGGAAAUAAAUACUUUUGAAUAAAUGAA